CCAACCACCAUCCUGACGAUGCAAAAAUGAACCAAGACAGCCAUCUCUUGCUGCAAGCCCUUCCAUCAAGAUGAGGCCCCCGAGUCAACAGAAACGGGGUCCCUGACCUCGAACCCCGUCGCGGCAAACCCCGCCUAAACCCCGUCGGCACUCGGUGCCACUCACACAGGCUGGCUCACAUCAGCCAAGGGGUGCCAACGAGAGGUACCACAAAACCGGGCAGAUUUGCACGAGUCGUCCCCCGGAGACUUUGUCAGCCUGGAGGGGCGGCCCAAGCUCUCUGCUACCUGUCCACCGCGAGGGCGAACCUGGCUUUUCCUUGCGGAGCUGCGGAGCUCGCAACCGGGCGAAACACCUGCCCGAGACGGGUCCAAACGCCCGCCGCCAGGGGUUUCGUCUCCCCAUGGUGCGUGGAAAGAGGUGGAAGGCGGCACCCUGGGGUUUACAGCGGCGCCGAUUGUGAAUUAUGUCAUCCGUCCCGCUCGGCUGGACAUCAUCCCUUGGGACAGAAGACUACUUUUAACCGGCGAGAAGAAAUAAAAGCCUGGUUGUUUAAGCAUAAUCUUUUGCUUUUUUUUUAAUCAUCCUCCGUCCUCGCCUCGGGAAGCAAAGCCUCAGAAACUUUAAUCCAAGUGAACGUCUGCCAAAGCAAAAAUGGUCCUGCUCGAGAUCUCCAACGACUACGGAUACGUCCUCCUCGCCGCGGCGUCGACCGUCUUCGUCAACAUCUGGCACGGCGUCCAGACCACCAAGGCCAGGAAGGCCAGUGGCAUCGGGUACCCCAACACGUACGCGACGGCCGAGCAGGCGGAGAAGAACCCUGCCGCGUUCCAGCUGAACUGCGGUGAGUCCCCAGCACCAUCAAUCACCACCACCGGCGAGAGGCCAGGGGGCGAUUAUGGAUCUAUCCAUCCAUCCCUGCCUCCUCGGGGCCACAGCCUUGCUGACCAGCCGGCCGCCGUGGACAAACAAACAGCCCAGCGCGCCCACGCCAACUUCACCGAGAACCUGACGCCCUACCUGACCUCGAUGCUCAUCGCCGGCACGCGGUUCCCCGUCCCGGCCGCCGUCAUGGGGGCCGGCUGGCUCGUGUCGCGCGUCGUGUAUACCAUCGGCUACACAAGCGGCGGUCCUCAGGGGCGGGUGACUGGUGCUCUGGGACACUACCUGUUUGGCCUGGGCCUCGUGCUUACUGCGUGCUACAACGGCGUGCAGAUGAUCAGGGGGGUCUGA